CAGUCGGACACAUUCCUGAAGCAUUUCUGCAAAUGAUGGAUUGUUCAGAGGAGGUUCAACCCGUGCCUGAGGAGCCCAGCACUCAGAUGGAGCUCAAGAAGGGAAUGUCCAUUUUUAUUGAUAUUCUGCGGAGAGCGGAUAAAAACGAUGAUGGAAAGCUGUCCUUCGAUGAGUUUAAAUCCUACUUCUCUGAUGGAGUCCUGACAGCCGAGGAGCUGAAGGAGCUCUUCCACACCAUCGAUACUCAUAACACAGACAACUUGGACACCGAUGAACUUUGUGAGUACUUCUCCCAGCACCUCGGUGAAUACGAGAAUGUCCUCGCAGCUCUGGAAGACCUGAACAUGUCCGUGUUAAAGGCGAUGGACAAAACAAAGAAGGAUUACCAGGAGUCCACCCACCUGGAGCAAUUUGUGACCCGCUUCCUACUGAAGGAGACGACCAAUCAGCUUCACUCGCUUCAAAGCUCGCUCGAGUGCGCCAUGGAAACCACCGCGGAGCAGACCCGCCAGGAGAAACAGGGCCCCUUGAAGCCUGAAGUUUUGUCCAUCCAGCUGUCAGGUCGUCGCUCCAAUCGGAGGCUUCAGAGGAACAACAGCCUCUCUCCCAACAACCCCCUCAUCAGUCUCAUCAGCUCAGGUGUUUACGAUGAAGACUGUCAGUGGACGAUCCAGGUCAACAGGCUGCAGAAGCUUAUAGACCGUCUGGAACAAAAGGAGAUUCGGCUGGAACCAGUUGAGGAAGAGGUGGUGGAGAGCAAAUCGCACAUCCUAAUAGUGCAGCGGCAGCUUUCAGUGCUGGAGGAGGAGCUGGAGGAGUUUCGUUUGGCUCUCAGGCAGUACAUGGACUGUGCCUGCACCCAGACUGGAUGUCUACACAUCGCAGUUCAGCGGCUGGCAAAUGAAUCCCACUUCAUCCUCUAUGAAUUCUGGGAGCACAACAACGUGUGGAAGAAUCACCUACAGACUAACUACAGUAAAACCUUCCAGAGGGGAAACGUGGACUUCCUGGAAACCCCUGAGACUGUUACCACCAUGCUUGUUCCUGCCUCGUGGUGGGUCCUCAACAACAACUGAAGCAGCGUCUGUCGUCGUUCAUCUCCGAGUGUGGAGAGCAAACCUGUCAACACAUCAGAAAGCCCCUCACACACACACACACUGAACACUUGUGAAGUCAUGGUGAUUAGUAUUUAUGAACUCCAUGUUCCUUCAUAGUUUGAUAGUAGCUAAAAUAGCUCAAG